GAAUCACGUGUUCCCAGAUCAAAGGAGAUCCGCUUUGUACAGAGAGCGCGAGCAGCAGCCAGCGAGGCAUAAGCGAGCGCGCGAGCAAUGCGAUAGUCCGGGCAGCAAUGGUGAAAUAAGCCACGACAUUCUUUCCAAGGACAAACUUUUAUUUUUAAUGAUCGCUAUUCUCAUUUUGCACCAUCCAUUGCGUUUUUUUUUUUUUUCUUCUUCUUUUUCUGUUGUAGUUUGUAUUUUGGGAGGGAGCUCUAGCCUCUCAAAUUUGAUUCUGAAUCAACACUUUUUUGAAGACCCUUGGAAAUUAUGUUCCGAUCGGCGCUGAUCCAACCGGCAAGAUGAUGAUUUUACCGAGGAGUGGGUUCGGUCGUGGUGCUGAUUCGGUGGUCUUGGUGCUGUUUUGGGUCUUGGGAAGCGUCGUAGCCAAGGAUACUGCCUUUGUGGAAGUUGUGCUUUUUGAGUCGAGCCCAAAUGGUGAUUAUACCACUUACACGACAGGUCUGCAAGGGCGCUUCUCCAGAGCCGGAGCCACUAUCAGCGCAGAGGGCGAGAUCGUGCAAAUGCACCCUUUGGGCCUGUGUAACAAUAACGAUGAAGAAGACUUGUACGAAUAUGGCUGGGUUGGAGUGGUCAAACUGGAGCAGCCCGAGUUGGACCCCAGCUGUCUUACUGUACUGGGCAAGGCGAAGAGAGCCGUUCAGAGAGGUGCCACAGCUGUUAUCUUUGACGUCUCUGAAAAUCCAGAUGCCAUCGACCAGCUGAACCAGGUUUCAGAAGACCCCUUAAAGAGGCCGGUGGUCUAUGUCAAAGGAGCAGAUGCGGUUAAACUGAUGAACAUAGUCAAUAAGCAAAAAGUUGCACGAGCCAGAAUCCAACAUCGACCACCAAGGCCCACAGAGUAUUUUGAUAUGGGAAUCUUCCUGGCGUUCUUCGUUGUGGUGUCUCUGGUUUGCCUCAUCCUCCUCAUCAAGAUAAAGCUCAAGCAAAGACGCAGCCAGAGUUCCAUGAACCGGAUGGCAAUUCAGGCCCUGGAGAAGAUGGAAACACGCAAGUUCAAGGCUAAGGUCAAGGGUCAACGUGAGGCCAGCUGUGGAGCAUCAGACUCAGUGAGCAGUAGUUCCACAUCAGACUGUGCCAUAUGCCUUGAGAAAUACAUCGAUGGCGAGGAGUUGAGGGUGAUCCCUUGUGCACACCGAUUUCACAAGAAAUGUGUGGACCCUUGGCUACUUCAGCACCACACUUGUCCACACUGCAGGCACAACAUUAUUGAACAAAAAAAGGGAAACCCAGGCGCUGUUUGCCUUGAUCCAGGAAACCCAGUCCACAGCCGCCAGCAGAGAGUCGUCCUCCCUGUUCAUUAUCCAGGAAGGGUGCACAGAGCUGGGCAGGUGACGGCCUACCCUACAAGGACCAGCAUGGACCCCCAUGGCAACCCCAUCACUGUUUUAACAGUGGACCAGCACCCUGAGCAGGGCCUCUAUCCUUCACAAUCUUCCUUUAUACGGGGUUACCCUGCCCUCCAUUUGGACCACACGCUAAACCCGCACCAUUGUGGCCUGGAGCAUCGUGGCCCUGCUUACCCACAAACCCAUACAUUCAAACGACCCAAAUUCCAUGGACGCAACUUUUCUCGUGCUGCCUGCUUUUCCCAGUACGAGACCAUGUACCAGCACUACUAUUUUCAGGGCUUGACCUUUCCACAACCUGAAGGCCAGCCUGGUAAUGGACUCCACAAAGGUCACAGUCGACCCUUCCAGCCAGGACUUUUGUAUCCUACUGUGGUGCACAUGGCACCGGCUUCCUCUUCCCGUCUGGGUGACUCCGGAAGCACCUCAGGACUUAGUUGUUACCACGGGCACCGGUCCGUGUGUAGCGGUUACCUUGCGGACUGUCCUGGAAGUGACAGCAGCAGCAGUUCGGGUCAAUGCCACUGCUCCUCAAGUGACUCCAUGUUGGAUUGUACGGAAGUCAGCAACCAGGGCGUGUAUGGAAGCUGCUCGACGUUCCGGAGUUCGCUAAGCAGUGACUAUGAUCCCUACGUGUACCGCAGUAAGAGUCCGUGUCGGGGAUCGGCUGGGGAGGCUGGGACAGUGUUUUCUGCCGCCCCUCCAGCUGAUGACACUUCGGCCCCAGUAUCAGGGAUGAUGGACUGUCUACAACCUCCAGUUGGAGCUUGUUACAUUUCUGGGGACCAAUUGUCUAACUGCAGCCUGGAGCCCAACUGUAGUAGCCACUCUUCAGUGGAAACCAGGGAACUUACUAGCACUACCUCAGCCGGGCCCCUAGAGGGCUCUGUGCCAGAAAGGAGCCACAGCUCUGUGAAGCCUUGUGGAGAGCAAGGGGUAGCUUGCAACUGCUGUUUUGAGGUACCUAAAUUAAACUUAGAACGUAAAGGUAAGGAAGGAGAAGACCGAGGACGCUGCAGGUGGGCCGCAGAGUCUCAAGCGGUCGCUUCCCCACAGAACUUUUAUAGCGUUAGCACUGAGCAGCUACCGUCGCCAGAUCAUGUUAGCUAUGACGGACUGCCAUGCUGCUUUUACACAGAGAUGACUGUACACCGGGGAAGUGCUAGUAAUUACGCUGAAGAUUGUUCAGUUAACGUACAGUACGCCCAGACAGACAGUGACGGCUGCAUGGGACAGGGUUGCUGUGAGCUAGCACAGCGAAUACCCAUAAUUCCUGAGGAUACAGACUGUGAAUUAGGCUUGGGUCCAGAACCACAAACAUGUUUGCUCCCUCCUAGACUUACCGUAGAGAGGGAAGAGAGGACUUCUGAGGAGAAUUGUGACUUAUUUUUCACCUCAGGACAAUGUAGAGGUCAAGUUUAUCAGCAGCCUCAAGACGAAGAGGCGAGAGCACUGUUUCCCUCACAGUGUACUGGCGUGUCUGAAACACAAGGGGGCAGCAAAGCAUCUUAUGAUAGAUCAGGGCUCUGAUAGGAGACCCUAAAACAGCACAGGCUCUUGAAAAUCAAUAAAUUUUAAACUUUUUAA